CCAAACUCUUCCGUAACUAACUAAACGUUAACUAACUAACGUUACUGAAAUUAAUUACGUAGUGUCAAUAAGAGUGCGUUGCAGCGUCCCCGCGCAUGCGCCCCGCCCAACAGCUGAUCGCACAACAAGGGCUGAACUGACAACUUGCAGUAUUAUCUUACCUCAAUUUUAACUGAAAAACAAUGGUUGUGAUUUACUAAACAUAAUAUUAGUCACCAGCGUAACCUCAGCACUGCAGGUACGUAGGAGUACACAGAACGAAACCAUGUUCCUAGAAAGUUAUAAUGUAUUCAACCGAGGUACCGGGUUUUCCCAAUCUAUUAGCAAAUAAUGAAAAUCCUAAGAUAAUAAAGUCUCAACGACAGUGAUUAAUAAAAUGAGGGCAGCCGCUCUGAGUGUUUGGAUUUUUAUUAAUUUACUCUGCUUCGGUAUGUGCGGCUACUUAUAUCUUAUCUGGUCCAAAUACUGGAUGUAUCUGGAGAAGCAGAGGUUGUUCAACCCCACGGUGACCCUGGACGGGGCCGACCUGGUUCUGCCGGAGUCGUAUAACCCGACCAAGUUGAGUCGGGGCUCCGUGUUGAACAGCACGGAGGGGCGGAAGAGCCGGCGGGCGGCCAUCGGCACGUACUGGAGCAGCUCGAAGCUCGAUGAGACGGCGAAGUCCGCGGCGCACCCGCCCAGCCACGUGGAGAUGAGGAGCCGCGGCGGGCCGCGCUUCCCCAACGUGGACCACCCCGUGCUGCAGUUCGACAGCGACAAGUACCAGUGCUCCGACUACACCACCGACGAGUGCGCGGAGAAGACGGAGGCCUUCAAGCGGGCGCUGCUGAAGGAGUUCCACCGGGUGUUGAUGGCGGACAGCAACGUGUUCAAGUCGGGGCUGGACGUGCACAACACGUACAACGUGCAGUGGUCGGGCGGGGGCGGCGGGGGGGUGCGGGAGCGGGCGGGGGGCGAGCUGCGGUGCGCGCUGCGGCGGGUGGCGGUGCGCACGGUGGCGGCGGCGGACGAGCCGUUCCGCUCGCGCGGGUUCCGCAUCCCGCCUGUGCCGCCGCGCCGGUACCGCACCUGCGCCGUGGUCACCAGCGCCGGCGCGCUGCUCGGCUCCCAGCUGGGGAAGUUCAUCGAUUCGCAUGACAUGGUUUUGAGAUUCAACAAUGCACCCGUAGAAAACUAUACGGACGACGUCGGCUCAAAGACUACUUUCAGGAUAUUAAAUUCACAGGUGGUGACGAAGCCGGAGUACAGGUUCCCGGACGACCCUCUGUUCCACAACGUGUCCAUGUUGAUCUGGGAUCCCGCCAACUACUCGUCGACCCUGGAGGAGUGGUUCGAGCAUCCCGACUUUCCACUGUUUCCUGUUUAUAAAAGACUGCUCGAGGAUCGCAAGGAUGCGGAUGUGCACUUGCUCAGGCCGGAAGUGCUGUGGCAGCUGUGGGCGGUUCUGCAGGACGCCUCGCCCUACCGGCUGCGGCGGAACCCACCUUCGUCGGGGUUUAUAGGUCUGUGGUUCGCGCUGCAGCAGUGCGCGCGCGUGCGCAUGUUCGAGUACGUGCCGUCGGCGCGCGCGACCAGGCGCUGCCACUACCACGGCGCGGCGGCGGACGCGGCCUGCACGCUGGGCGCGUGGCACCCGCUCGCCAUGGAGAAAGCCGUGGCGGAGCGGAUGAGGGACAACAGUGAUGUGGAGGUGUUCCAGACAGGGUACAUCGACGUACCGGGGGUGGGCGCGGAGCCUUGCGCGUAGGCGUCCAGUUUGAGGUUUAAGUUUUCUCCAGAUAUGCCUCUAGAUAUCUGGUCUAGGCCUAUAGGUGGAUUUCAUCGAUUGAAUUUCGACAAAUUGUUGUACGGCUGGCCAAUCAAAUAUGCCUUUGUAAUCAAUCCAAAUAUUUGCAUAACAUAUAUUGGUAUCGGUCGCACGUGAAUUGCAAAAGUCUCCAAACUGUCAAAUCAAUUUUAAUUAAAAUAAUAAAUACUACAUUUACCUUUAGAUAUCUUAGCAGAUCUGGACAUACUUCAAUUGUAUACCUACUUCGUAAAGAUACUAAUGUAAUAACAGCUUUAAGACAAUGGCCAAUCGAUCAGUGUUCAGUCAUCAAAGUGCCUACAUACAUACAAGCCACUUCCGAUAAUAGAACUAUAGAUUUAAUUAGAAUUUACUUAAAGCUCCAAGGCUCAAGUCAAUGUUUUAUGACAAAGGAACGUGUCUUCCUAACGACGCUCUUAUGCCUAUGUGUGUUCUUUAUUACCAUUGUUUUGUGUUCAUAAGUAUUUAAGGAUAGUUUAAUUUCUUAAUAAUAUUUCACGAUAUAGGAAAUGUAAUGUAUAAUAUAAUGUAUAAUACUUAAUAUUAUAUAGGUAGAUUUACGCAGCAACAUUUAUUUAAUUGACGACGCUUCAACUGUAGACAAUAAACAAUGUGUUUUAUCUUAUCUACUUGUCGAGCAAUAAAGAUUUUGUACGUAUUGGGAAUUUCAUAUUAUCUUGCAAUUUUUCUAACAGUACCUACCCAUAAAAACAGUGUGGAGCUUUAUCAGUCCUGACAACAUACCCGACAUUUCAUAUGUGGCUUUCUUUAUAUAGCAUAGGUAUCCAACAAUUGGCUGUCACAACCAGCGCAAUGUCUUCAUCGUCAUACUUGCGAUUCUCAUUAUCAUAAAUCCGAAUGUUUUAUAAGGGCCUGUUUAACAAUGUCUGGAUAAUAGCUACCUGUGGCAUGAAAGACAUGCUGUCACUAUUAUAACCCAUAGGUAGCUAUUAUCCAGACAUUCUGAAACAGGCCCUAAGAAUACCAGUACCUGCCACUAUUAAAUCAGGAGAUGGUAUCCUACGGCUGGCCCUGAGCUGCCCUUGCUUCGCUUGUAUCUUGUAUUUUUAGCGAUUUGCUAGCCGCACGUUCGGCCCGCAUACUGAUAGCUUACCUGCUUAGCCAUUCCGCCCGUUUGCACGGAAUUAGCACUGCUCCGAGAUGGACUCUGCGUAAAUUAAAUAUCGCUAGUACAAUCAUAUGGCUCUUCCUACUUCUUCUUACGUUUCCCACUGAAUUAUUUAUUUCUUCGAGCGACAUUCGCUAUUUUGGGACGUUCGGUGUAAAAUUUAUUGUAUUCUAUACACGUUGUUUAUUUAUACCGUGCGCCGUUACACAUAUUUGAUUGCUGCUUUUUAUAGACGGGUAUGUAAGAGGCAGGUACAUUCAGUAUCCGUAUCACCUCUUUUUAGCCUGUUAGUGGCAAACACUAUAGAGUCCAAAAUAGCCAGUCAUUAUCACUCAUACUCAGCCCAGAG